AUGUCGCUUGCUGGUCGAGCUACUCGCCUACCCGCUUCGAUCGUGACUUCUGCUCAUGGUCUUCGAUAUUAUAGCAAAAUGAAACAUGCCUAUUCCAACUAUCAAACUGUCAACAUUAUUGGUUAUCCUUUCUCUAUCGGCCAGCCAAUCGAUGGAGUACAUUUAGGGCCCGAUGCAAUGAGAGAAUAUGGCAUUGUUCAACGGAUAAAACGCGACGCAGGAAGAAAAGUCCGGGACCUCGGUAACAUUCUAUUAGACAAUAGCAGGAAAGGAGAGCAAUUUGGUAUCGUCAAAGAUCCAGCAACCGUCAGUGCAGCAAGUAAACUGCUUAGCGAGAAAAUUCAAUCAGUUUUAGAAGACGAUAGUUUGCCGAUAACUAUAGGCGGUGAUCAUAGCCUCGCUAUUGGAAGUAUUCAUGGUCACACUGCAAGAAUAGAUGACCUUUGUGUAUUAUGGAUUGAUACACAUGCUGAUAUAAAUACUGGAGAAAGUACAGUAACUGGUAAUAUGCAUGGAAUGCCACUAUCAAUCUUAAUGAAAGAAUUAGAGAAAAAAAGAAUACCAGGAUUUGAAUGGGCUAAACCUUGUAUGACUGCGAAAGAUAUUGCAUAUAUUGGCCUAAGAGACGUUGAUCCUGAAGAAUUUAAGUACAUAGAAGACAUUGGCAUUCAUAUGGCUACUAUGGCUGAUAUCGAUCAUCAUGGUAUGGGAUCUGUCUUUGAAAGAGCUCUAGACACUAUAAAUCCAAGACGUGAUAGACCUCUUUUCGUGACGUGGGAUAUAGACGUUUUUGAUCCUUCAGAAGCACCAAGUACUGGCACUGCCGUUCGUGGCGGUCUUACAUUGAGAGAAGGAUUACAUCUGGCGGAGCAAAUCGCUAAAAGUGGCUUAUUGGUUGGAUUUGAUCUCGUUGAAGUAAACCCGAAGAUAGGUUCACAAGAAGAUGUUAAAAAAACUAUGGAUACUGCUUGUUUCAUCAUCGAGGCACUACUUGGUAAAACUAGAAGGGCCAAUGUUUACCAGAAACGUUAA